GAAUUUGAGAUUUUGGUUUAGCGCUUUCUUUCAAUAUAAUCUUUCGCCACUAUUCACAUCUUCCCAGUUCCAUUCAUCUUUUCAGUUAUUUCCAUCGCUUAUUCUCCAGAAGAAAGGAAAAUCCAUUCAUCUAAAGACCCAAAAAUGGGGGAUCCAAGUCACCUCGAGAAAAUGGGCGGAGAGCUGAAAUGCCCCAUUUGCUUGAGUCUGUUGAACUCUGCGGUUUCCCUCACAUGCAAUCAUGUCUUCUGCAAUGGCUGUAUAGUGAAAUCAAUGAAAUAUGGUUCCGAUUGUCCAAUUUGUAAAGUGCCCUACCGGCGUCGAGAGAUUCGUCCAGCUCCUCACAUGGAUAACUUGGUUAACAUCUAUAAAAGCAUGGAAGUAGCUUCAGGUUUCAGUAUUUUUGUCACCCAGAAUCCACCUCUCGAUUGUACUGAAAGAGCAGACAAUCAGGAAGCAAACCAAAGAAGAGGAUCAAGCGUGGCUAAAUCAACAGAAAGUUCUGAUUCCAUUCCUGUGAAGCCUUCUUUUCCGACAAACAAAAGGGUUCAGGUGCCACAACAUCCCCAGUUGGAAACACCCAUGCGGUCUGCGAAAAAUGGAAAUGGGUUGGUUGAAAUCACUGAGGAUGAACGUAAAACGAGUUUGAAUAGUCCAAAGGAGAUCUACAAUUUAGGAGAAAACGAGGAGCAAACACUUUCACCUUUUUUCUGGUUGAGGGAAGAGGAUGUAGAGAAGCCAAGUCAGCUCACUGAUGGGGAUCAAUAUGUGUACUCAACGCCACCUGAACUUCCUUCUUUCAGUGAUAUGAAGGAUUCUUAUGAUGAUGGGUUUUCUAAUGAAGAGGAGGUGCAUGGAAACCCUGACCAUGUGAGUCUUUUUGAUAGCGAAAUCUUUGAAUGGACCCAAAGACCUUGUUCUCCAGAACUUCCAAGUCCAGUUAAAAUGCAGGUCAAGGACACUGAAGAACCAGCAUUACAGGGUGCAAAUACAGUUGGGCCCUUUAAUAAUGGCACGUGCAUGGUAACAAGACAUAACACUUCAGAUGAGAUGCUGCCUAAUAUAACAUCUUCCAGAACCAAGCGUCUUAGUCAUAAGAUUGGGAGCUGUAAAUCCAAGGAGUUGGGUGCUAAGCAGAGAAAGACUGCCCAAGAGAAGAUGGUUGACAGGACUAGCAGUCAUAUUUCUGGAGAUCAUGGUAAUCUGGGAAAAGGAUCUGAAGAUUUUAACAAAAAACAAGCACUUGACUGUAGUAGAAGUUCAUAUUUUGCUAAAACUAGGAAAACGUGUAAUGUGGCUGGUUUGGAUCACCAUGAAAAUGCUGAAACUCCUAAACAGGGUGAUACAGAAUUGCCUGCUGUAGUGGGUAAGAGAAAAUGUGGUGAUGAAAGUUGCAGGAAUAUCACUGCCCAAUGCCAAAAGAAAUCUUCUUCAAAGUCAAAGAAACAAAAACCAAAUAAGGUUGAUAUCCCUAAAGAAGUUUCAAGCAUCCAGAGUCCGACAGAUGAAAAUAUGAUUCAACAGAAGUCCUCACUUCCCAGUCCCUUAGCUCAUGACAGUGGUGCCAAACGGGUCAGAAAAGGAUCAAUUAAAUCCGCUAGGGAAGUAAAGUCAGCUACGAAUUUGAAAAGUGAAAAAAACCCAAAUUGUAAGAAAAAGAUGAAAGUUUCUUUUUGUGGUGACACAAAAGUUUGGUUGGCUGAAGACCAACAGCAGCAGCAAGGAAAUAUUAAUGUCUUUUCUGAGAGACUAAGUGGAAAGGCUCAUGGGAGUACCACUGUUGGAAUCACAGAUGGUUCAACAGUAAAGAAAUUGCCUUUAGCAAAUGAAGAAGCCUUGCCUAAAUGUGAGACCAUUGCAAUGAAAACACAAUGUGCUUUCUGUCUUUCCACGGAAGACUCUGAGGCUACAGGAGAGAUGGUUCAUUACUAUGAAGGAAGGCCUGUUCCUCAAGGUUACAAUGGUGGCUCUAAGGUUAUACAUUCACACAAGAAUUGCACUGAAUGGGCCCCUAAUGUUUAUUUUGAAAAUGAUAAGGCAAUCAACCUUGAAGCUGAACUCUCCAGAAGUCGAAAAAUAAAAUGCUCCUGUUGCGGACUCAAGGGUGCAUCGUUGGGCUGUUAUGAAAAGAGUUGUCGCAAGAGUUUCCAUGUUCCCUGUGCAAAAUUAGUCUCACAGUGCCAGUGGGAUACUGAUAACUUUGUAAUGUUAUGCCCUCUUCAUCCCUCUUCUAAGUUGCCUAAUGAGAAGUCGGAAUCUCAAGGAAGCAGCAAAAGAAGUGUUUUAAGAGGACAUUUGCCAAUUCACCAUAAUGAAGUUCCUACAAACAAAGAUGGCUGUGUGCAGAAGAAAUGGAGUCCUUGUGAAUCACACAACAAACUGGUUCUAUGUUGCUCGGUUCUAACAGUUGAAGAAAAGGAAAUCGUAUCUGAAUUUGAAAGGUUAGCUGGUGUUACAGUGUUGAAAAAAUGGGAUUCAAAUGUCACCCAUGUCAUUGCAUCCACGGAUGAGAAUGGAGCAUGCAAAAGAACCCUUAAAUUUUUAAUGGGUAUCUUGGAGGGGAAGUGGAUCCUGAAUAUUAAUUGGGCCAAAGCUUGCAUCAAAGCCAUGAAACCUGUUGAUGAGUUACCAUAUGAAAUUAGUAUCGAUGUUCAUGGAAUCAGGAAUGGUCCACGACUUGGAAGGCUGAGACUCCAGAACAAGCAACCGAAGAUUUUUAAUGAGUGCAAGUUCUAUAUAAUGGGGGAUUUCGAACCUUCUUACAAGGGAUAUCUACAAGAUGUUGUAAUAGCUGCUGGAGGUACCAUUCUGCAUAGAAAACCCAUUUCAGGGGAUCCGGGAUCCAUAUUAUCGGGUUGCCCUAUAUCUUCAACCUUCAUAACUUACAGUGUUGAGUUGCCUGAUAAGUGUGAUCCAAAGAAGAAGCAUAUGAUUGUAAGCCGCCGGCAAUCAGAUGCGGAAGCUCUGGCAAAUUCAAUAGGAGCCAAAGCAGUAAGCAAUUCUUGGGUUUUGAACUCCAUAUCUGCAUGCAAAAUGCAAAGUCUUGGUUAAUAAUGACACGAAUUAUAGAAUGUCUAUUUAGUACUCGAAUGUCUCAACAGUUCUUUAGUUGUACCCUAUAUAUAUCAAUUA